UGCAUAUAAAUCUGCAUACACGGGGAUCAGCUUAUCAUGGAUCGCACAUGUCAAGGAUGCAGUAUGCCAUCUCAUCGCGCCCGCCGUGGGAGGAGCCUCAAGUAUCAACUCCAACUCCUUCAGAUACAAUAUGACAGGACUUCUCUUGCAAAACGAGCAUUGCUAAACACAACUCAUUUCAUUUAAAUUUGUUGAUCAAUUAUCAAUUUCCCAUUAUAACACAGAUCGCAUUUUCAAUAUGACAACAGUUAAAGUUAAUAGCCAACAGCGAUACCAUGACACGAACGCGGCUUAUGUGCUCCCAAAAGCAAAUGACGUCAUUGAGCAGGAUCGGCUUGAUACUCAGGCAGCUGCUAUUGUCGAGAUGAUUGGCGGCUUCCCUUUCUUAGCUCCAUUACAAACACUUGAUAAUAUUUCCAAGGUGGUCGAUAUUGGCUGUGGUACUGGUGUAGCGACCAUCCAGAUUGCUACAAUCUUGCCAUCUGCCACCAUUUACGGUCUCGAUCUAACCCCAGUGCCAGAGGAUUCAAAGAAAAUGGCACCGGGUAACGUGGUCUGGGCUCAAGGAAAUGCAUUGGAUGUUGACUACAACCAACCAGAUGAUGGUAUUCUAAGCCGCGAAAUACUCAAUCCGGAAGGAUUGGAUUAUAUUUUCGGCCGCAUGCUUUUCUUAGGUAUCAACAAUUGGCCAAAGUACUUUUCAAACACUUCACAUGCAUUGAAGUCCGGUGGUAUGAUUGAACAUCAGGAUUUAGACUGGAAAUUUUAUCGCGCCGGGACUUCAGAGUGCGUGAGCGACGAUUGGGAGUGGCACAAAGCAAUCUUAUCCGGGGCUCAAAAGUCCGGGUUAUCGACAAUCUCUGGCUCUGGAGCAGCAGCGCUAAUGAGAGAUUGUGGUCUGGAGGUGACCAACAUCGAAAGUUUUGAGUUUUCAUUUUCGGCAUCGAGCAAAUCGCCCCAAAGUCAAGCAAUGGCGAGGUAUGUUCAAGCUAAAUUGAUACCACAGUAUCCGGAGUUACUUCGCAAAAUGCUUGGAGCUAUUAGCAUAAGUGGAGAGAAAUUGGACACAUUGACGAGAGCAUGUCUUCAUGACAUCAAUUCUGAGGAAGGCUUGUACCAGAAGUAUACUGUCACUAUUGCAAGAAAGUCAUAGUCAUAGGAUGCUUCGAGACACACAAAUAGUUCUAUAAACACUUUAUUGUUUCGCGAAUCACGUUUUUGUGAUGAGUGUUAAAUUUUCAUUUUCUUCAGGCUGCUUUGCCAUACAACUACUAACUCCAAGUCUGCGUAGCUUGUAGUAUCUUCACAUGGGAGUUCCUCAAAAAUAUCCAGAACAAACCUCUU